UGCUCGGGGCUGCGGCGGAGUUGAUGCCGGGGGACUGCCAGUGACGUGGCUACAUACAGUCAUUAGUGAGUGGGACACAGAGGCCCCUUUGUUAUUCCGUGUCCAGUGACCCCGCCCCUCUCUGGCUGUGAUGUCACUGAGGGGGAGGGUCGCUGUAGCGCCGGCAGCAUCAGGGUUUAUUGCUUGGGCUGCACACGGGCCAGACAUGCUGAGGUGAGACGGAGAGAAGCUGCAGGGGAGGGGGGUGGCUCAUCCUGCAGCACUGACUGUAUUCCUGGGUAUUCCUUGUCCGCGCGUCCUCCCGCUGCCCCGGCCUCUCCUGCUGGAUGUAUUCCCCGCAGCUGCCGCCUCUGGAGCGCCCCAUAGCCGUUUGGAUCCCGGGCUUGUUGUUCCUGCGCAUGACCAUGUCUUUCCUCCGCCAGCUCUGGCUGCACAAGGACGUGCUCAUUACUUUCCUGCUGCCCCUUCUCUUCCUGCCCCUGCCCCUGGCCACUCACAGUAAGGAAGCAGCAUGUGCUUACAUCUUACUGGUCACUGCCAUUUACUGGAUAUCAGAGGCCAUACCACUCGGUGCCGCUUCUUUGGUUCCUGCUUUCUUGUUCCCGCUCUUUGGCAUCAUGAAAUCAAGUGAGGUGGCAUCUGAAUACUUUAAGGACAUUCAUCUCCUCCUGUUUGGAGUUGUGUGUUUGGCUGCGUCCAUCCAGAAGUGGAACCUGCACAAACGGAUAGCGCUUUGGAUGGUCCUGUCCGUUGGAAGCAAGCCCAGCUGGCUUCUUUUGGGUUUCAUGAGCUGCACUUCCUUCCUCUCUAUGUGGUUAAGUAACACAUCCACGGCUGCUAUGGUAAUGCCAAUUGUGGACGCUGUGCUGUGUCAGCUAAAUAGCGCCGCCCCAGAGGAGAAAGCCUUAACCGACUCUAAAACCAGCACAUCUCAGAAUAACGAGGAUGCUACAAAGAUUGAUCUGACAUCUUUUCCAGAAAGCAAUAACAUGUUGGAUAACGGCAUCGCAAACACAGAAGAACAGGAGGAGGAGCCAACAUUUGCCAACCGCACCUAUGCAAAACAGGGUAAAACUGGUCGGUUCUACAGGACUAAGCGUGAUCACAUGAUGUGCAAAGCUUUCUCGCUGGGGAUUGCCUACUCUUCUACUAUAGGAGGGAUGUCCACGCUGACCGGCACUUCCACAAACCUCAUAUUUAUUGAACAGUUUGAAACUCGCUACCCUGGAUGCCAACUUGUAAACUUUGGAUCCUGGAUUGCCUUUUCCUUUCCCAUCGCCUUUAUCAUCUUGAUUCUUUCCUGGUUGUGGAUCAACUGGCUUUUCCUGGGCUGUAGGAAAGGCUACAAAUCUGAUGCUACCUCAGCCAUUCUCUUUGGGUUUUUAUUAUUUAUUAUUCCCGGAAGGAAACCCAGCUGGUUGUGCUGUAGAUCUAAAGAGAAAUCCAGAGCUCCCCAAGUGGCAGAAUCGACUCCGAUGAUAACAUGGAAGGAAUUUGAAGACUGUAUACCCUGGCAUAUUGUAAUCUUAGUUGGCGGGGGCUUUGCCCUUGCCAAGGGUUGCGAAGUAUCAGGACUUUCUACCUGGGUGGGGCACAGGAUGGUACCUCUCAGUAGUCUGCCAAUUUGGAUCAUUGUAUUUAUUGUGUGUCUGAUUGUGACAACUGUGACGGAAGUUGCCAGCAACCCCGCCACAAUUACUAUAUUCCAACCCAUUCUUUCUUCACUGGCUGAAGGAAUUGGAAUAAACCCACUGUUCGUCAUCAUCCCAGCAACAAUAAGUGCCUCAUGUGCUUUCCUCUUGCCGGUGGCCAAUCCCCCAAAUGCCAUCGUGUUUUCCUACGGACAUCUGACAGUGCCCGACAUGAUAAAAGCCGGACUGGGGACCAACCUGAUCGGCAUGUUGGCAUUAUGGUUCGGGCUGUACGUUUGGGGAAUCCCAAUGUUUGAUCUGAACAGCUUCCCCGAUUGGGCCUCCCAUAGAAACAUGACAUCACUAGCAGCUCCAUAAUGGACAACCGCUUUUUUUUAAAAAAAAUCCAAUCUUUUACAGGGAUCAUUGGCAUUGUCGGUGCGGAGGACAGAGUAGAAUGGGCAGAGGAAGGCAGCUGGUCAUGGGCAUCUUUUUUUCCUCUCUUCUCCUUCGUUCGUGUUUCUAGCGUACUCUAGCAACUUUAACCCUUUUCUUGCCAGUAGGAAAGAGUGCAUUUUUUACUGCUUUUAAAAAAAAAAAAAAGACUUUGGUGCUUCCAAAAA